AUGCAAAAUAAGCAAAAACCCGUGACUCAGUGCGUUAGCGAGAAGGACAAUCUUAUCAAGAUUGAAGGUUUACCACGGGAUACGGAUAACUUUUGGCGCACAGAUCUAACGCUGUCUCCCUCGCUAAUGAGCGGGAAGAAAUGUCUGCGUUAUCGAAGGUACAGCAAGGGUUUGUCUUUUAGUCAUCGAGAGCGUCAAUUGCUCAACAUUCAUGGCCUGUUGCCGUAUGCUGUGCUGACCAUGGAACAGCAGGUGAUGGCACAUCAAAAAUACUUUGCCACGCUAACUUCCCAAAUGGCUAAAUACAUAUUCCUCACGGAUCUUGAGGCACGCAAUCGAACGUUGUUCUACAGCUUUUUGAUGAGUAAUCCCGAUGAGUAUAUGAAGGUCUUUGUAAGCGCUACCACUGGAUAUUUGGUGAAACAGUUUGGUAUAUUCUACACUGUGUUUCGCGGCAUGUUUAUCACUAUCAAGGAUCGUGGACACAUCUACGAUGUGCUCAGCAAUUGGCCAUAUGCCGAAUACGUUCGUUGUCUUAUUGUGAGCAAUGGCAAGUCGGUGCUCAGUUGGGGCGAUCAAGGUGUCAAUGGUACUCCAGUGAUUGUCUACAAAAAGUACUCGAAUGUCGUGCACGGCGGCAUUGAACCCGAUUGCUGUUUGCCCGUCACACUGGAUGUGGGCACGGACAAUGAGCAGCUCUUGCAGAAUCCUCAAUAUUGUGGCAUUCGACAGAAACGCAUCUCGACAGCGGAGUUCGAUGAGUUCUUCGAGGAGUUCACACAUGCUGUGAUACGUCUCUUUGGCUCGCGUGCCAUCAUACAGACCAAGGACUUUGGCUCCUCGGAGGCCAUCAAGCAGCUGUCGUUGUAUCGUAAGCAGCAGUGCAUAGUGGACAUCGAUCUGCAGUAUAUGGGAGCUUGUGGAUUAGCGGGCAUCUUGGGAGCACUACAGAUCACUAAGCUGCAGUUCAAGGACAACGUGCUGCUCUUCCAUGGCGACUCAAGCUUCUGCAUUGGCAUGGCUCGGAUGUGUGUGGCUUACUUAAAAAAGAACGGGACUGAAUGA